ACCCCUUUCCAUCGUGCCGCUCUAGCUAUGAUGCCUUAAAAGGCUGGUGGCACAGAGGUGCUGCGGUCCUUAUCUCCUGACGAUGGCUGGUACUUUGGCGAUAUUAUAUUUAUAGCUCAUCUGAAGCACGAAUGCCUAGCUGUCUAAUUACUAAACACACAGUUCGGGCAAUCCAAUAAAGCAGCGAGUCUGUCCCCGUCCUCUCUCGUUCGCAGACUCACAAGCAGAGGCAGCACCGAGCUGCAGCAAGGAUAGCUGGACUCCAGACACCAACAUGACUGAACGCUUUGACUGCCACUACUGCAAAGAGUCCCUGUUUGGUAAGAAGUACAUCCUGAGGGAGGACAGCCCCUACUGCGUGAAAUGCUACGAAAACCUUUAUUCCAACACCUGCGAGGAAUGCAAAAAACCUAUUGGUGCUGACUGCAAGGAUCUGUCUUACAAGGACCGCCACUGGCAUGAAACCUGCUUCCACUGCUUCCAGUGCAAGAAUUCAUUGGUGGACAAACCUUUUGCUGCAAAAGAGGAACAUCUACUUUGUACUGAUUGCUACUCCAACGAAUACUCUUCCAAAUGUAAUGAGUGCAAGAAGACUAUUAUGCCAGGUACUCGGAAGAUGGAAUACAAGGGCAACAGCUGGCACGAGACCUGCUUUAUCUGCUACCGCUGCCAACAGCCUAUUGGGACAAAGAGUUUCAUCCCUAAGGACAAUCAAAACUUUUGCGUUCCCUGCUACGAAAAGCAGUUUGCCAUGCAGUGCGUCCAGUGCAAGAAGGCUAUUACUACAGGAGGUGUUACUUACCGGGAGCAGCCGUGGCAUAAGGAGUGCUUCGUUUGCACUGGAUGCAAGAAGCAGUUGUCUGGACAACGCUUUACCUCCAGGGAUGAGUUUGCGUAUUGCCUGAGCUGCUUCUGCAACCUCUAUGCCAAGAAGUGUGCUGGAUGCACAAACCCAAUCAGUGGACUCGGAGGAACCAAGUACAUCUCCUUUGAAGAACGGCAGUGGCAUAAUGAUUGCUUUAACUGUAAGAAGUGCUCUCUCUCGUUAGUGGGUCGCGGCUUCCUCACAGAAAGGGAUGACAUCCUUUGCCCUGAAUGUGGGAAGGAUAUUUAAAGCUCAAAAUAAGAGGUGGGGAGAAGAGAGGAAAGCUGUGCUUGCAAUAUAUAGUCUGAAAUACACGGAUGUUCAGAACUAGCUUUGCCACUCUGUGUUUUGCUGUACUAUUAACAUCACUUAACCUCUUUCCUCAAACUCUCCAAAUCUGGAGGGAAAACAACUUCAAAAUCUCUAGCAGCAGUGUUGGUGUUUAAGAUUUCUACAGCUAACCAAAACUAAUGCAAAACCUGAGAUGUAAAACCAUUUGGGUGUUUACUGACAUAACAUACUCUUUUUUUUGUGUUUUUUUUUUCUUCUGCUAAAUAUUCCAGUUACAAGCAAGUGAUAUAGUUCAAGGAUUACAAUGGCAACACACAAUACAACUCAUAGAUGGAUAUUCAGGGUGAAACCCUCAGCCCACUGAAAUCAAUGGCAAACACCAUUCUAUUUCAAUAAGGCUGUGGUCUCGCCUCAGUGUUCUUGAGCUAUGUGACUAGUGUGUGCUGUCAAGUGUGUAGAAAGACUGCGAACGUAGAGGGUGUUUCAGUGUACAAGGAUUUGUGCCAUGCCAUAAAGAGAUAAUGAAAAAAACAGUUGAAGUGGGAGUGCUUCAUAACAGGUACAUAUUUUAUUGCAUGACUAGCUGAUCAUUGUGUGAAGUACAAGUUCUGAUUGACAGUGUCAGUAUUACAGUUAGUCGACAUUACACUGCAAAUUGUACUUUUCAAAAUAAAAUCAUUUAAAACAAAA